AAAAAAUGAACACUGCUCCAGCUUCAGAAAAUGGACCAUAUUCCACAAACCACACAAGACCCUUUUUUUAUGCGCAGCCAACAGCACAACAACCUUUCCCAAAUCCAUGGUACCUUAGUCAUCUAUAUAAUCCAUACUGUGUACCUGCCCCAGGUUUCAGAAGUGGAAAUCCAUAUUUUCCAUUUUAUUCUGUUGCACUACAUGAGUACCCUGGAUAUCUUGUUCCACAACAUCCCAUGCACACAAGAGUUAACAGAAGACCUUAUUUUAAUGUUCCCCCACCCUCUCCUCUGUUUUAUCAUGCAACAAGGUUUAGACAUUAUAGUGGACCUGGGAAAAGAACAGUGACUAAAGAAACACAGACUGAUCCUAGACAGCCUGAAAACAAACCAAAAAAGCAUCAGGAUCUCCGUACAGAAACUAAAGGCUGUGAAGCAGGAAAUAUAGGCUGUGUUUCUUCUGGUAUGGGUACAGAAACGGAAAGUACUUCAGUGAAACAAGAUUCAUCUGGAUCGUCUCUUGUGCCAGAAAGAGACUUUCAAAAUAAGGGGUCUUCCAGCUCUUCACAGUAUAGAAACAUUCCUUCAGGAAGCUAUGCUUUUGAGAAAGAAGAGGUCCGAAUCGAGUAUGGAAAUGGCUCACCUGCAAUUCAGCUAUGGAAGUCCUUUAAGGAAACUAUUCCUCUGUAUGAUGUGGCAAGUGGUAAACCAGUCCCAGAGAAUAUCGUGCAACGUGACUUAUUUUCUGUUAGCUCUUGUGAAGGGGUAAUAUAUAGCCCUCAUGAAGGGGAGGAAUUGGUGUCAUGCGCUUCUUAUUCAGAUGAACGAAAAACUGCUCUUUCUUUGAAGCAGAGUGGUGAAGAUGGGCAGGAAAAAGAGGUCCAAAAUAAUGAAGUAAAACUAGAUGCAGAAAAGCCGGGAAAUGCAAGCCAAAGGGCAAAAUCUCCUCUAGGUGAAGCCAGGGCAAUGCAAAUUGCUGAGAUAGCCAGAACUGUUCGUAAUGAUCAGCUAGUGGCAAGGCAGGACACAUCGUUUAAAAAAUCUAGUUUGAAAAGAUCUGCUGCUUCAAAAACUUCUGAAGAGGAGUCCAACCUUGAUCAGCAAGCAGGAUUAUUUCCAUCCAGUACGGAAAUAACACAUGACUCAAGUCCACUGCAGAAAAAGCUAAAUCAGAGCCACAGUCCAAGCAACGUAAGUCAGAUAACGGAUAAAAGCUUAUGGUGUGAAGAAUCUUUGGAGAAGUAUGUUCCUUCUAACAGCUGGCUAGCUUGCGUGGAUGACAUGGACGCUAACUACAACUAUAAUAUGUGUUUGCCACAAAGGAAACGUCAAAGUGUACUCAGUCUGUCUUCUGAUGAAAUGUCUUCUAAAGAUGAAGGAUCAUCGACUGAUGAUGUACCAGUGUCUUAUUUUGUCCCUGAUUAUGUGCUUCAGAAGAGCAUGUACGCUUUCCAAAAAAGUACAGAGGGCUCAGAGAAAGAGAAAAUUAGAAGUGGUGGCUCCCUUAAUGAAGAUGAAGUGGUAGGAAGGGAGCAGACCAAUGUUGUCAAUAGCCAGAACUUCAAAAGCUGUUCAAAAGUGAAGAUUAAAAAGAUGGCCAGCAGAGGUAGAAAGAUUGGGGUCCUCCCUAGAUCGUCUGGUCAGAAGAAAAUCUACUCCCUAAAGAAAAAAGCUGCUAAGAGUUUGUCUCUGUCAGAGGCUGAAGACUCUGAAGAAUACUUUGUGGCAGAGGAAGAGGGUGACAACGAGGAUGAAGAUGAUGAAGUUGAAUAUUUCUUUCAAGAAGCCACUCCAUAUGGACACUUCACCUCUGGUAAAGGCAGUUUCUACAGACCGAUUGGCCAGAGGGUGCUUUGGAAACCACCUAAAAAUGCCAUACCAGCUCACUUGAUUAGCUGGCCUGCUCGGGAGAAAAUAAAAACAAAGAGUGGGUUCUGUGAACGCACUGGUCUGGCUUAUAAGUCAAGUGAGAAGGAACAGGAUGAGGUUGUGUACAGUGAUUAUGGGUACUAUGGAAAAAAGAGGCUUAUAGCAAAACAAGAGGGAUCUGACCAUAAGAGAACUUCACAGUCUUCAAGAGGUGAGUUAAUAUGA